UGGACGGUCCAUUCUUGCGGUCCUGAAAUCGCCACUAUUUCCGGCCUCUCCAACGCAACUCGUUGUCCAGACGUAACUAUGCUGUUGGCAUUCGUGGUUGUUGUGGGUUGGCUUGGUUAGAAGCAGUUAUUCGAUUUUUAUUAAAAUAAGUUGAUUCUAACAAAAUUUGCACAUUGGAGGCAUGCAUCAAAUUGCUUAGGUCGCCAGCUCGCCGCCACCAUGAGCGUCUGUUCCGACGGGGUGUCCUCGUCAGACGCCAUUCUGCUGGCCACCGCCGGCUACGACCACACCAUCAAGUUCUGGGAGCCGCACACGGGCGUGUGCAAGCGCACCUGCCAGCACCAGGACUCGCAGGUGAACGCGCUCACGUUCCAGCCGGACCGCACGCUGCUGGCCGCCGCCGGCUACCAGCACGUGCGCAUGUACGACGUCAACUCCACAGACAUGAGCCCCAUCAUCAACUUCGAGGGCGUCAGUAAGAACGUGGUGGGCGUGGGCUUCCUGCGCGACGGCCGGUGUAUGUUCACUGCUAGCGAGGACCGCUCGGCCAAAAUCUGGGACGUGAAGACCGGUGGGCUGCACUGCCAGCGCGUGUUUCAGGUGGACCAGCCGAUGACGUGCAUCGUGCUCCACCCGAACCAGGUGGAGCUGUUUAUCGGCGACCAGGCGGGCACCAUCCACCAGUGGGACCUGCGCUCCGACCAGCACGACAAACUCAUCCCCGAGCCGGACGCGGCGUUCCAGCACAUCGACAUCGACAGCAGCGGCCGUCAGAUGGCCGCCAUCAACUCGCGCGGCAGCUGCUAUAUCUGGAGCCUGUCGGACGGCGCCACCGACCAGGCGCCCGUGCAGAUCACGCCCAAACGCCGGCUGGAGGCGCACACCCGAUACGGACUCAAGUGCCGCUUCUCGGCAGACGGCCAGCUGCUGUGCACUACCUCGGCCGACCACACGGCCAAAAUAUGGUCCACCAAAGACUACUCGCUGGUAAAGACGCUCGAGUGGCGCAACAAGGACGAGACGCAGCGCUGGGUGUGGGACUGCGCGUUCUCGUCGGACUCAAAGUACCUGUUCACCGCCUCGUCCGACGAGCAGGCGCGCCUGUGGAACCUGGAGACGGGCAGUGUGGUGCGCACCUACAAGGGGCACACCAAGGCGCUCACCUGUCUGGCCUUCUCUGACCACGACUGAGGGACCCGUGCAAUAGACAGCAGUGGAAGGGAUCAGGGAUGGUACGUUGUUACUGGGACCGACACCCUGCAGACCGGGACGGUAACCCUUUGCCGGGAAGGGGAGUGGUCGUGUUAUGUGGGUGGGAGAUGGCGCGCGGUCGCUGGGGUCGGUAUUCUGUACGCCUGGCUGGUACCCUUGUCGGGUGGGAGGGCCAGAGUGAUGGUGCCAUGUCGCUGGGGAUGCCUCAGUCAGAUUGGGCUAGUGUCCUUACUUUGGGAGAUGUUACCCAUCCGUUGGGGUCGAUGACCACUGUCUGGGGCCGUGUCUUGCCGAAAGGGACGAUGCCCCGCCGCAGGUGACGAUGCCCUGCCGUAGGGGACGGUGCCCUGCCCUGGGAGGGAGUGCCCUGCCGUAGGGGACGAUGCCCUGCCGUAGGGGACGAUGCCCUGCCGUAGGGGACGAUGCCCUGCCGUAGGGGACGAUGCCCUGCCGUAGGGGACGAUGCCCUGCCGUAGGGGACGAUGCCCUGCCGUAGGGGACAGUGCCCUGCCGUAGGGGACGAUGCCCUGCCGCAGGGGACGGUGCCCUGCCCUGGGAGGGAGUGCCCUGCCGUAGGGAACGGUGCCCUGUCGUAGGGGACGAUGCCCUGCCGUAGGGGACGAUGCCCUGCCGUAGGGGACGAUGCCCUGCCGUAGGGGACGAUGCCCUGCCGUAGGGGACAGUGCCCUGCCGUAGGGGACGAUGCCCUGCCGCAGGGGACGGUGCCCUGCCCUGGGAGGGAGUGCCCUGCCGUAGGGAACGGUGCCCUGUCGUAGGGGACGAUGCCCUGCCGUAGCGGACGGUGCCCUGCCCUGGGAGGGAGUACCCUGCCGUAGGGGACGGUGCCCUGCCCUGGGAGGGAGUGCCCUGCCGUAGGGGACGGUGCCCUGCCCUGGGAGGGAGUGCCCUGCCGUAGGGGACGGUGCCCUGCCCUGGGAGGGGCGGGAGGGUUAUGGCUCUCAACUGCCGGUCGGCGGCUGCUCCGUGCUCCUCGUGCCGCUGUCCUUGUUUGUAUUUGACUGUGUAUGGCCGAUGUCUUUGAUCGAUUUAUUGCGUCGUGCAGAGCUUUGUAUUCUUAUCAUGCAUGUCCAGUCAAAAUAAAUGGAUUGUGUGAUAGUGCACAAUGCGAACGGUA